UGCGCCCCGUCCCUGUGAGGCGUCCGCCCGGCUCCCCUUUUGCGCGCGGCGACGCUCUUUUCCUCCCCCUCCCCGGCCGGCGGGGUGCUCGCCGCCCUUCUCGUCGUCGCUGCUGCUGCUGCUCCGGGCCAGAGGAUGGCCACUGCUCGGAGCGCCUCUUCAUCGCCUUCGCUCCCGGCUGCGGCAGCGCGGAGGGCCGCCCGUGGCGGGAAGUGACUGAGGGAGGCGCGCCGAGGAGCCGAGCGAGCGAGCGAGCGCGAGAGAGAGAGAGAGAGAGGCUGCGGCGAGGCAGAGGGAGGAGGAGGAGGAGACACCGCCUUCGCCUUCGCGGGGCUGUGUCGGGACUGGCCCCCCUCGACGGGCUGCCGCCGCUCGGCCAUGGAGACGGCGGAGAAGGAGUGCGGGGCGCUGGGCGGCCUCUUCCAAGCCAUCGUCAACGACAUGAAGAGUUCCUACCCCAUCUGGGAAGAUUUCAACUCCAAGGCAACUAAACUCCACUCCCAACUGCGGACUACUGUCCUGGCUGCAGUGGCCUUCCUGGAUGCCUUCCAGAAAGUGGCAGACAUGGCCACCAACACACGAGGAGCCACGAGGGACAUCGGCUCCGCACUAACCCGGAUGUGUAUGCGGCACCGCAGUAUUGAGACCAAGCUGAGGCAGUUUACCAACGCCCUGAUGGAGAGCCUGAUUAACCCCCUGCAGGAUCGGAUAGAGGACUGGAAGAAGACUGCUAACCAGCUUGACAAAGAUCACGCGAAAGAAUACAAACGAGCCCGCCAUGAGAUAAAGAAGAAGUCCUCUGACACACUGAAGCUUCAGAAGAAAGCCCGCAAAGGUAAGAUUUGCCAGGGGGACCUGCAGCCUCAACUGGACAAUGCACUCCAAGAUGUCAAUGACAUGUACCUUCUUUUGGAAGAAACGGAGAAACAGGCUGUCCGCAAGGCACUCAUUGAGGAGCGAGGGCGGUUCUGCACCUUCAUCGCUUAUUUGCAACCUGUGGUGAAUGGAGAGAUCACCAUGCUGGGAGAGAUCACCCACCUGCAGGGCAUCAUUGACGACCUGGUGGUCCUGACAGCUGACCCCCACAAAUUGCCAUCGGCCAGUGAACAGGUGAUCAAAGACUUGAAGGGCUCUGAUUAUAGCUGGUCUUACCAGACCCCGCCGUCCUCUCCCAGCAGCUCUGGGUCCCGCAAAUCCAGCAUGUGCAGCCUGGCACAGCCCGUCAAUGCCAACACCCGCCUGUCCAGCGUCUCAUCGCAUGACUCUGGCUUCAUCUCCCAGGACGCCAUGUUCUCCAAGCCACCUUCGCCAAUGCCCUCGGACCUCACCAGUCAGAAGUCCUCCAGCUCCGCAUCGUCCGAGGCCUCAGAAACCUGCCAGUCUGUUAGCGAAUGCAACUCCCCGACCUCGUGGAAACCCCUGAAUGUAGCUCAUGUGGCCAGGACUGAAGGAAGCUCCAGAAGAAGCCUUAGCCUGGAUUGGUCCAAGGCUAGCCUCUAUGAACAGCCGGUGGCAACCACACUGCAGCGAAGGAAGGACCGCGUAGAGCAUCUCCGUGAAGCUGAGCUGGGCUCCACCAGCCUGCUAUACCCAGGAAUCAGCUUGGAGGAAGGCUCCAGGCCCCGCAUGUCCCCAGCCUCCAUUGCUGCCAAGCAUGGGGAGGAGGUGUCCCCAGCCGCAAGUGACCUGGCCAUGGUGCUGACCCGAGGACUGAGUCUUGAGCACCAGAAGAGUAGCCGGGACUCCCUGCAGUACUCCAGUGGCUACAGCACACAAACCACCACUCCUUCCUGCUCUGAGGACACCAUCCCCUCGCAAGGCUCAGAUUACGACUGCUAUUCCGUGAACGGCGACAUGGAAGGGGAGAGCCAGAGCGAAUUCGACAAAUCCUCGACUAUCCCUCGCAACAGCAACAUCGCCCAGAAUUACCGGCGCAUGAUCCAGACCAAGCGGCCUGCUUCUACUGCUGGCCUGCCCACCGGCACUGCCCUGCCCACCGGCGCCACGCCAGGGGUGGCCACCAUCCGCCGCACACCUUCCACCAAGCCCACGGUACGCCGAACCCUCUCCAACGCCGGCCCCAUUCCCAUCAGACCCCCCAUCGUCCCUGUCAAGACGCCAACAGUGCCUGACUCCCCUGGGUACACCGGCCCCACCCGGGUGGGCAGCGAGGAAUGUGUGUUCUACACUGACGAUGCCUCACCAAGCGCCAUGGACUUUGCCAAAGCCUCACCCAAGAGGCUGAGCCUGCCAAACACCGCCUGGGGCAGCAACGUGAUGGAGAUCUCUGUGUACGCCGGGAAGCACCUCUCCACCGAGGAGGAGGAGCAGCAGCUGGCAGCCAACCGACACAGCCUGGUGGAGAAGAUUGGGGAGCUAGUGGCCAGUGCCCAUGCCCUUGGCGAGGGCCAGUUUCCCUUCCCCACCGGGGUCUCUGCCCUCGGUCCCGGGGAAGAGACACCCACUCCUCCCCCGGCGGCCUCCAGCGACCCUCCGGCGGAAGACAUGCUGGUGGCCAUCCGCCGUGGAGUGCGCCUUCGCAGGACCAUCACCAAUGACAGGUCGGCGCCCCGGUUUUUGUGAUGGACUCUUCCCCAGCGCCUGCUCAGUGCCCACCCGGUGCCUGGAGAGCAACCAGAGUCAGGACUAAACCAGGGGAAAUGGAAGAGAAGUAAACGAACCACAAAAGGCAAAGCCACUUUAUGGAGAUCGUGUCAGAGUCUAGAUAUAAAGGAGA